AUGGUUGAGGAUUCUAAGGUCAGAGAUGCUCUGAAAACCGGUGAGAAAAAGUCACUACCCGCUUCGCUGGUUCCUCAGGCGCCCACGGUGCUCACCUCCAAGGACAAGAUCACCCAAAGGAUGGUCGUAGUGCUGUCAAUGGCGUCGUUGGAAACCCACAAGAUCUCGUCUUCGGGCCCAGGAGGCGACAAGUACGUGCUACUGAACUGUGAUGAUCACCAGGGCUUGCUCAAGAAAAUGGGCAGGGACAUCAGCGAAGCCAGACCCGAUAUCACACACCAGUGUCUUCUAACACUUUUGGACUCUCCUAUCAACAAGGCUGGCAAGCUUCAAGUAUACAUCCAGACCAGUCGCGGUGUUCUGAUCGAGGUGAACCCCACAGUAAGAAUUCCAAGAACUUUCAAAAGAUUCUCGGGUCUCAUGGUGCAGCUGCUGCACAAGCUAUCGAUCCGGUCCGUCAACUCUGAGGAAAAACUGCUCAAAGUCAUCAAAAACCCUAUAACAGACCAUCUGCCCACCAAGUGCCGCAAAGUGACGCUGUCGUUCGAUGCGCCCGUGGUGCGUGCUCAGGAUCACAUCCAGAAGCUGGCCGACGACGAAAGCAUAUGUGUGUUUGUCGGAGCCAUGGCUAGGGGCAGAGACAAUUUUGCGGACGAAUUUGUCGACGAGAAGAUCGGUCUGUCCAAUUACCCACUUUCUGCGUCAGUGGCUUGUUCCAAGUUCUGUCAUGGUGCCGAGGACGCCUGGGGUAUCAUAUAG